AUGGACAGUAGCAUAGAUCACGAUGCGCUCACCAGCGAGUUCAUGGGCAUGACCUCCGCUGGCUCAGAGCAGGCUACGCAGUACCUUACCGCCAGCAACUGGGACCUUAACGGUGCUAUCCAGGCCUUCUAUGCCGACGAGGAGGAGGACGACGCCGCAGAUGCUGGUGGAGCUGCGACCUCAGCCUCUGCUUCGGGUUCUGCGUCUGUUCCUGCCGACUACACAGGCCCGCGUACUCUUGAUGGUCGACCUGCCCCUCAGGCCGCCCCCAGCACCUCCAGCACCUCCAAACGACCGCCCAAGAAGAAGGGGCUUGCCACCCUGAGCUCUCUCGGUGCCGGCAGUUCUUACGACCAUGAUGACGACGACAGCGCGGAUGACGAGGACGAUGCCCAUCGAGACACAUACGCUGGGGGCGAGAAGAGUGGACUUGCUGUCCAGGACCCAUCUCAACGUGCUGAUCCCAAACGCAUAAUCAGUGAUCUCCUUCAGAAGGCCAAGAACAAUGCUAAGCGACCCGAGACGUCAUCACCUGCUGGCCCAUCGAGCUCGGCCUCCUUCCACGGCGCAGGCCAGACCCUUGGUGGCGAAGGUGCUGAAAGCCGCGUGAUUCCAGAUCCUCGUGGCCCUUCUAGCGCAGCUGGCCGUGCUGCUCGACCGCAAACCGGCGAGGUUCAGGAACGAACGUUGCACUUGUGGCGGGAUGGAUUCAGUAUUGACGAUGGAGAACUGCGCCGCUUUGAUGACCCUGCGAACGCUGAUGCUUUGCGCAUGAUUCAACAAGGUCGUGCUCCCAUUCAUCUCAUGAAUGUGAGAUAUGACGAGCCUCUGGACGUCAAGUUGCAGCAGCACGAGGAGAACUACAGACCUCUUCCCAAGGUUUACAAGCCUUUCGGUGGCGAAGGUCGACGCCUUGGCAGCCCCGUGCCUGGAGAUUCGGCCGAUGCCGCCGCGUCUCUGCCUACGCUCUCAUCACUGAAUGUAGGUGCAUCUGCACCUUCGGCAGCAUCGGCAUCGGCCUCAGGCUCUUCUGCCGAUCCCUCGCGGCCCACCAUCACGGUCCGGAUUCAGAUGCCGGACGGUACUCGUCUGCCAGCACGUUUCGAUACUACGCAGACGGUGAAUGAUAUAUACGACUUCAUCACUCGCGCUUCGCCCGAGCUGAGCAGCGGUGGCUGGGUUCUGGCUACCACGUUCCCCAACAAGGAUCAUACCAACAAGUCGUUGGUGCUUGGUGAGAUGGACGAGUUCAAGAAGGGCGGCACUGCCGUAGUCAAGAGAAGCACCUAA